ACGAGAUUUCCUGUUUGAUGCUCUAUACCUCUCUAUACUAAAGAAAGAGAACUAAAAUGCACUGGAGUCUAAUGUUUUAUAAAAAUACCAGAUAAUGUGAUAAUCUAAAAUUGUGUAAAAUGUCGAAUCAAAGUCAUGGACUAACUAAGUUGAGUGAAGAAAAUCUGACCAGACCGCCAGAGGAAGUGUUUGAAGUACUCCAGAAAUUAGGAGAGGGCUCCUAUGGCAGCGUGUACAAAGCACUCCAUAAGGAAACUGGUCAAGUGCUGGCCAUUAAGCAAGUCCCUGUGGACACUGACCUGCAAGAGAUUAUCAAAGAAAUCUCUAUCAUGCAACAGUGUGACUCUCAGUACAUAGUCAAGUAUUAUGGAAGUUACUUCAAAAACACAGACUUGUGGAUUGUGAUGGAGUAUUGUGGUGCCGGCUCAGUGUCUGACAUUAUGAGGCUCAGGAAUAAAACACUAACAGAGGAAGAGAUCUCAACAAUACUGUUUUACACACUCAAAGGCCUGGAGUACCUUCACUCCAGGAGGAAGAUUCACAGAGACAUUAAAGCUGGCAACAUUUUGCUGAACACAGAAGGGCAUGCCAAGCUGGCAGACUUUGGAGUGGCUGGCCAGUUAACUGAUACCAUGGCCAAGCGCAAUACUGUGAUAGGGACUCCAUACUGGAUGGCCCCAGAGGUGAUACAAGAAAUUGGUUAUGAUUGUGUAGCAGACAUUUGGAGUUUAGGUAUAACAGCUCUUGAGAUGGCAGAAGGCAAACCUCCUUAUGGAGAUAUACAUCCUAUGAGAGCAAUAUUUAUGAUACCUACCAAACCGCCCCCGUCUUUCCGAAAGCCAGACAAGUGGUCACAAGAUUUCAUUGAUUUUGUUUCUAAAUGUUUGGUGAAAAAUCCAGAGCUUAGAUCUACAGCUGCUGAGCUAUUAAAGCAUCCUUUCAUCCAAAACAGAGAUGUUUGCUCUGUGUUGCACAGCAUGAUCCAAGAAGCCAAAGAAAUUCAAGAGGCGCAGGCCAAUAUAGUGGUCAACGGGGAUGAAUCGGGAGAUGAAGAUGAUACUGAUGGCACCAUUGUGAGAAAAACAGACCAAGAAGGAACCAUGAAACCUCGACCAGAAAGUACACUGACACCUAGUGGCACAGUUGUAAUCAGUAGUGAGGCCUCCACAUUGGAGUCUGAGCUGGGGACAAUGGUCAUCAACGAUGAUGAUUCUGAUGAUUCUGCAGGCACCAUGAAAAGGCAUGAUACAGCCACAGGUGGCAAAGAUCCUUAUCGUCCUUCUUUCUUAGACCACUUUGACAAGCAGGAUAGGGAGAAGUUGAAGACUACAGCACCUGCGCCCACUAGUAACAGCAACCCUCCUGCGCAAGCGCCCAGCCAGCCCCAAGCCCCUCAGCAGCCACAGCCCCAACAACAGGCCCAGCCAAAGCAAAUCACCCCGCCACAUCAUUUCCAGAGGUCCUUCAUUGAUGGAGACUUUGAAUUUUUGAGGAGCUUGGCUUUUGAAGAAAUAGAAAGUAGGCUCGCUGAUUUAGACCCCGAGAUGGAGAGGGAGAUUGAGGAACUAAGAGCAAGGUACCAGGCCAAAAGACAGCCCAUUUUAGAAGCCAUUGACGCUAAGAAAAAGAGGCAACAGAACUUUUAAAUUUAGGCGCCUUUAAUUGAGACUGUAUUCUGAAGUUCCAGGACCUAAGUGUCUGUUGUGGAGACAGGCUGACGAAAAUACUUAACCAUGAACUUGUGCUUUGACGAAUUGAAAUGACGAAGAGGCUGACUUGUUUUUGAGCAGGAUGUGCAUUGUUUCCCCUGAAGUGAUUUGACGCUGUUACUAACAAUAGAACUCCUAUUGCAGACUGAUGUUUUACUAACAUAUUUAUUUUAUUUCUUUGGAUUUGUUUGAAUGGAGGACAAAAUGAUUCCUCCCGUGUUGAAUUCUGCCUGUGUUGCAAAGUCUGACAACAGUGACUGCCCUUCUUAGUUUGAUAGUGAUAGAAUGGUUGAGGGCUAAAGUACUAUUUAUUGCUUAUGUAACAUUAAUACUGGUCCUGUGAAUCCACUGCUGUUUAAUGCAGUGUUAGGGAAUUGGGAGUUUGGAAAGGGACGGGGUCUUUCUUUUCCUGCUAGGUGGAUAAUAAGAAAAUCAAUUUUGAAAAAAAGUUUAUUACGAGGGAUGUAGAAUAAUUUACUCUUUUCAAAGAGAGAAAUGUGUAGCUCUUUAUUAAGUGGUUUUAUAACAGUAAUUUGUCAGACCAGUAAAUCAUACUCUUUCGGUUGCAGUAGAUUCAAGAUUAGACCAGUGGUUCUCUGCAUUUAUACUGACAAUUAAUAUUACUUGCACAAACUAAAAAAGGUUGCCCUACAAUACAGUGAUAGAAAUUCAGAGGUUUGAACGGCUGGCAGGUUGCAGCCUGCAUGCUUUAUUUGAACAAGUUGAGUCUGUUGGCCCCCUUUUGCUAUAACCAACCUAUUAGCCUAUCAAUAUGGCCAGGCGUUUCUCUCUCUCCCGAUCUGUUGGCCUCUUGAACUUCGAUGAAACUCUCAUUAGUUGAUAACAUUAUAUGCUGUAAUCAAGAAUCUGUGAGUGUUUGCCUUUUACAGGCCUCCAACACCUCAUUGUCUGACUUGUGACAGAAUGUGUGUGUGUGUGUGCUUGCAUUCAGUGUUUUGGAAAUCUGGACAGAGCUGUUUGAAUGAUCUUAAUUUUGGAUGGACAUUGUAAUCUACUGGGAAAAAAUAGAUUGAAUGAAGUUUUCUAUCUAGUUAGUUCAUUUGUUUUAAUAUUGUAAUCUAUUAACCUUUUCCAACAUAUAUGAUGUUCAUUUCUAAUGGUACUGCAUUAUAGUCUAGCAAAUGUAGAAUUGCAGUUAGUUCACAAGCAUUUACAAACAAAGUGUUUAGUUUUUCUUUUAUCAGUAGUAAUUUUUGUUUCUUUUAUAAACUGAUCCUCUUUUUGUUUUUUGUUAUGACAUAACAAAAAUAACUUGUCAUUGGCAUACAAACAGAUUUUGUUAGUUUUUUUUAGUUGUUGUUUUUUUUAAAGAAUGUUUAUUGAUAAACUAUUUGUGGUAAAUUUAGCAAGUUUUGUUAAGUAAUUGUCAUGCAUAAAACUAAUAGGAAUUUGGGUUGCAUCAAUCAAGUGAUAAAAGCUAAGAGUAAAUAAUUACCUCCGUUGUAAAAACCAUAUUUAACAAAAGACUUUUUAUUUUACUUUUGGUUUUAUCUUCACAAAGACAUCUCUGUUUCGACACUGACUCACACUCCUUUAAUGACCUUCAGUCAAGUAUGUAACAAAGAAAAUCUAAAAUUAAAGUCAAACUGUAAGAUAAUUUUAGUACCGUCACUUCUGGAUGCAUCAGACAGUACAAGAAAAAAAAAAGAUUUCGUUUCGAGCACACUUCUUGUACAGUCUCUUUUGAAAAAAAACAACAAUUCUUUUUAUAUAUUCAUAAUUUAUCGAUGCUGAUUAAAUGCCAGAUAGAAGUUGACUCUCAUAGUGAAGUUUUCACUGUCUUCAAAUGAUAUGAUUUUUUUUCAGCAUUUGAACGCAAAUUUAAAUAAUUGAAUUUUUUGUUCUUGUCUGCUUAUUUAAAAAGGAAGUCUUAAAAACUCAAGUUAAAAUAUUUCCAUCACUCAUAUAGCAUGAGCGACUGACCUCAUUAUAGAUUUCUUAAAACAUUGUCAUAGAAUGUUUGUAUCUUUGUAUACUCUUGCUUUUAAUCAUAUUUCAUAACAGCUUAAAAAUGACUAUCCUGACAAACAAUAAAUUAUCCUGACAAACAAUAAAUUAUCUUAAUCCAUUUUAGCAAUGUAACAUGUAAAUCUUUUACAGACCAUAAAAAAAAUGGUUGCUGUCUUGCAGCCUCUCACGUCUGCUGUUCUCAUCUUCCCUUUGACCGCCAUUGUUGUUGCUUAAAGCUCUCCACACUUCAUCGCUACUGUGGACCACAGGCCCCGUUCUAUUCCCAGAACAGUAUUACGACAGUGUUAAUAGCUCAAAUAUUUGUUCACACUGGCCCUUAUAUAUUUGUGCAAACAAAAAAAAAACAGAAGCAUUUAUUUUUAUAGCACCCAGAACAGAAAAUAAUUCUGAAUGAGCAGCAAAUGUUGUAUGCCAAUAUUGUAAGGUCAUUUUCUAUCAGCACUCACAUAUCAUUAGCUGAUGUCGCCUGUCGUUUACUUAUGUUGUAUAUCUAUUCAUUCUUGAGUGAGUAAAUGUUUUGUAGUUUUAUUUGAAUAUGGCACUGAAGUUUGUUAGAAAAGAUGACUUUAUAAAACAUCAUUUUUAACUCUUUCUCUCCUAACUAACGAUUCCAUUGCUGAUAUUACCCCAUGAAAUUAAAUAAUUUAUUGGUUUUAUAAACUGUAAUCAUUGUUAUAUAAAAAGUGCAUGCAUUUUUUUUACAAUUAUAUACCUAAAAUAACAUUUCCUGAUGACAUACAAAAAGUUUUUGAAGUUUAAUCGUAACAGGGUAGUGAAAUACCAAUGAGCAUAGUGAAUAAUUCCAUCGGAACAUAGAAAAUAAUUAUGGAGAGAAAGAGUUAAGUAGACAUGUACAAAUAUACAACAUUACAAAAUUUUAAAUUAAAAUGAAAUGCUAAAGUUUACUUAUAGUACAUUGGAACAAUUUCUUUUCUCGGCUGCAUGAUUGCGUUACCUUUGACAAGUAGAAUGGUAGUGACUGCCUUGUGAAUCCAUUCUGAUGUGACCAUAAUACAAGAGUAUACAUUUUUUUUAAAGAUAAUUUAUUUGUAUGUUCCCUCGCCCGAAGGGAGACAACUUUGAUUAGCAUAAACAUUCUUGACUUGUUUUGUUGAAGAACUCAGCAAGAAAUGGCAAUUGGGGUUUCUGUUUGAUUGAACCCUUCUGGCUGAACCCUGUGUAGAUUCAUUUUUGUUUUUAUUGGAACCAAUCUGGAUGAACCCUGUGUAGUUUAAUAUUUUUUUCUCCCUACCCACAACCCUAUGUUAAUAUAUGAUGGCUGCAUGGAUGUGUCUUGAUGGCCCUGGUUCAAACUCUGCCUGCUGCCAUCCAUGUAGGAGAUGAGGGUGUGGUUAUCUUCCAUUCUGAAGGAACAUCCUAACAUAGGAAAAAGAUCAAAAGAUGUGUUUGGUUCCUCAAUUUUGUUUUUAGAUUAAUGUGUUUUGUUAUAUAUGUAUACAAUAAUCUUAACAUUGAAUUGCUAUCUAGUUGGACUAUAAGUGUAUCCCCUCAUAGGAUUCUCAAAUGUAAGAGAGACAAUUACAUUUAUCGUUUUAAACUUAUUCUAUUGUACACAAUUUUUUAAAAUUCUAUAACAAAAAAAAUAAAAUAAAUAUAUAUAUGCUGGGAUUUUGAGACAUAAUCAAUAGUGUUUUUUUCUCAAUGGUAUUUGAGGAUGGCUAAUGCCUACAAGCUCACCCCCCCCCCCCCCCCUCCCUCAUUUCUUUCUCAGUGACUUUUUGCAUUUAAAUCAUGUUGUUUUUCAACUAUUGUAACUAUUUCAAUUUAUUCAGCCUAAGAAUCGGCUGAGCCUAUAGGAGCAGGUCUCGGCUCUGUUUCAGCAGUUUUAAUUGAUCCUGAAUACCUGAUAUUUGUUGGACUGAGCUACAGUGAUCAGCAGUUCGUUUAGACACACAAUUUUUCAUUCUUAACCUAGCAAAAGUCUGCUUUGUGUUUCCUAUGGGCGUAAAUCUCAAGAUUCAUUUAAAAUUUCAAUAACAAAGCUUCCCCUCCUAAAAAAAAAAAUUGAUGAUUAUGUCUUUGUAUUUCCUUUGAUCUUGUACCAAGACCUAGGAAGUUGUUUUUCUGUCUGUCUCUGUGAACACGAAGGACUUUGUUGCAAGAAAUGAGCUUCAACAGAUUUGUUUAUAGAGUUCAAGAAAUAAGAUCCUCCACUUUGGCUGUAGUCCUGCACAGGGUUCAUGUUGACAAUAUCUCAUUGUUCAAAUAGGGAAACUUUGUUUUCUUAACUGACCAUUUCAUUGACACGUCCCCUUUCCUCUCUGCUUGCUUUAAGUUCGUAGAAAAUCUGUAGUGGUCAUUUCUCUAUUCUGAUACGAAGAAAGAAAAAAAAACUUUAUGAAUUGGCUGAAAUGUCAAAGUUUUGGUGAAAAUUGUUUUGGGCCAAAUAUUUGAGUUUUGUUUUCACAAAAAAAAAAAAUUUCAGUUCGAGGCACUGCACAUGACCACCUGAUGGUUGAGUGAGAGUAGUGUUGUCUUUAUAUGAGAAAAAGAGUCCUUGUAAUCACAACAAAUUUCCAUAAGGAUCAAUAAAGCAGUCUUAGUUUUAGUCUUAGAUUUGAGAAUUCCCACAACUCUUUCAGGAUAGAGUGGUCAAAGAAUGACAUGGGCAAGUAGUUAAAGAAGUCUUCUGCUGUUUUCAAUUUAUAAGUACUUCAGGAGCAAAUGAAAUGCUCCGUUAUCUAAAAAAAUCUUCUGCCAAUUUUAUUACUUUCUUUAAUAGUAAAAGUAACACAUCAAAACAUUUCAGCAUUCACAACCAUUCUUGUAAAUAAAAGUAAUUGUGUCUGAUACCUGGUGCAUACAAGUAGCGACCAUCUUACUUGUUUCCAACUAAACAUUAUUAAAUUCUGUUGUUAUUGUCCUUGCAACAAAUGUCAAAGUGCACACCUACUCCAAAUGUACUCCAAAUGCGUUUCAUUUAGUUAUUUAUUUUUUUUAUUUGUAAAAACAUUCAUGCCGUGCCUUGAUCUUCUUAUUUCACAUUAGUCCUUGACCCCAUUCCUCACUUUACAUAAUCCUUUUUUUUUCUUUUCCCGUUUACUGUUCAUAUUGGUCAGAGCCAUAUUUUUUUUUUUACAUCAAAGCACAAAAGCUGAUUGUUUAGAACUCUGUUAACUUUUAAUCUUGACUUGAAAAAAACAUUAAUUUCUUUAGUACUGUAACAAAAGACUUGUAUGGAUAUGUGCAGGAUCUCUUUUUCUUUAAAGGAAUGUAAUUCAUAAUUCUUUAACGUUUACAAUCCACUAGAGUAAAUUUAUCUGAAAUACAUUUUCUCAGUGUCCUAUUUCAGUCGAUCCUAUACCGUAUUAUAAUAGUUCAGAUAAAUAUCUUAAAUUCAUAAAUAAUAAUAUAAAUAUUUAUUAUGCUUGUGCAACAUUAAAAUAACAAAAAUUUCUGUUGGGAGGGUGGGCGAGUGUUGAACCUUCUUCUGGUUCUGAUUUGUAGACAUGACAAUGUUGAAUAGCUAUAUUGCUCUGGUGUUUGAUUAGUUUGUUGACAUCAGGACUUAAAUCUAAAAAAAAAAUAAUAAUUUUCUUAUGGAACUAAACAGGAUAGCUUUUUUUGAACUGUAGAGAUUCUGAGUAUCCAACCUUCCAAUAUUAAUUAAUAAUGUUAACACUGAAAUGUAUUGAAAUUACAUUGUAAAAAUUUGUUGUUUUCUUUUAGCUUUAGAAAUAACAUUCAAUCAAUGUAUCAUCUUUUUUUUUUUUUUUUUUGCCUUUUGUUCUAACAAUUAAAAACUUGUUUAAAAACCCAAUGUCACAAUGUAUAUGUAUCAGCUAUUUCUAAUUGGCUUCAUUUGUUCAUAUGAUGCCAGCUUUAAUAAUUACAUUGAUAAGUUUUUUUUUUUAUUUUCUUAUUUAUUAAACUAUGUACAUUCUUUAUGCAUUAUAUAGUUACGUUUUGUUCUGGUUCUUGUUUUGGGUUUUAUUUAGUUGAAAGAAGAUAAUGUUCUAGCCACCAUUCAUCUGUCAUUGUCUAAUUGUAUAUAAAGAUGAUUAUACCAGAAAUAAACCUUAGAAAUACAUUGAAA